AUGCGUCUUGCUGUACGCCUGUUGCGUCCAGCAGCCAAUCAACAAAUCAAGAAUCCCAAGCUGUGGCAAGAUCCUGUGCUUGGUUACUUUGAAACUCACGGAAAGACCGAAUUUCUCCCUGGACAGGAGUAUAACUUGACGGAUGACGAGAAAAAGGCUGUUCUUUGGAGGUAUCGUGUAAAGGAGAUCCUCAAAAAGGAGUAUCUGCGUCGUGAGUACGACCCUCACAACUUCAAAUACAAGGAGGGAGUGGUGAUGGAUCCUGCCAUGUUUCGUUGGUAUUCGGCUGACAUGACUCAGGCUGAAUUCUUCCGAAUCACUCCAAGAUCAAUGUUCCUCUAUACCGGAGUUGUGCUUCUAAUAUUCUAUCUCUACACAAGGAUUGUCUUCAUACCCGUCGAUAAGUCGAACGAGGCCUGCUUGGACGGUGAUUUGUUGUGGUGGGAUCGUCAGAGAGGCCGCACUAUUACCACAUCAGGAUCAGGAAAAUUCGCGCCAGUGAUUGGAAUCGACUUUUAA